AUGGAAGAGAAUACACUUGGAUUACGCAGAUUUCAUAUUCCGGAAACCGUCAUCACCGACAACGGGACGCAGUUUCGCAGCAGCGCGUUCAAGAAAAUGUGUGAGCAGCUCGGUAUCAUUCACAUUCGCACUGCCCCCUAUCACCCACAGUCAAACGGACAAGCAGAACGCUUCGUCGAUACGCUGAAGCAAUCGCUACGCAAAAUAGUAUACCGUUCAACACCCAGUGCUGCACUUGCUGGGAAGUCUCCGGUAGAGGAAAUGUUGGGCAGGUUAAUGCGAACUAUCCUUGGUCUACUGCAACCUCCAGUGUUCAACUGCAGGCAAUGUCCAGAGUUUACGACGGGUUCCACAGUUUACGCGAAGCUCUAUGACAACGUAGACAAAUGGAAGUGGGAUUCCGUUACUGUCAUCGAAGCCAUCGGUGCAGUCAACUUCAACGUUCUCCUUGAUUAUCAGUCAGGUCGGAGAAAGCUAAUUCACUCGCACGUGAACCAACUUCGAUCUCGAAUCAACGUAGCAGUUAAGCCGUCAGUAAUACAAACACUGUUGGAUAUAAUGGUGGAUCAUUUUGAACUCAAGCAGCACCCAUCAGUGCAACAGAUCGCUCCACAGAAUUUUCCAUCGAUCGAUCCUGAACGAGUUCCUGUAGAUCAGCAUCAGCCUGACAGUUCGGACAACGACGAGCUCUUCGAAGUAGAAGCUGGCUCAACAAUUUCUAGUCAAGCAACAGUUCAGCCAAUACCUAGACUAGCCACAACCAGUCGUCUUCCGAUGCAUUUAGAGGACUACGUCGUGGGUUAG